AUGGAGCACCUCCCAGCAGCUCCGAACAGCCUGAGUGUGGACCGCCUUCUGGGAGUCGGCGAGAUGGGGCAGUUUCUGGACCUGUUCCCUGUUGUUGUUGUUGCUGCUGGAGAGUUUGCUGUUGUGACUGCUGCUGCUGCUGUUGUUGCUGUUGUUGCUGCUGUUGCUGCUGUUGUUGCUGCUGCGCCGUGUUGGCUGGGGUCGACGAGUUAUCCAUGGUUGAUUGCGAUGAAGCUCAGCUUCUCAGUUCUUUCCAACUUUGGCGCACCAAACGCCCCGUUAUAUACUGAUAAUAUCCGUGAGACUGUGAAUAAAUAUAAGCUGUUGACAAUAAUAAUAUAUUUGCAGGCGGUUCGGGGCGUCUUCAACCGUCGAGCUGGCUUCUCCGUCUUCACUCUCGUCGCCUUUUCUCUUCAUCGACGUCAAAAUCGCAAACGACGAAAUGUCUUGGCAUCACCUAAUUAG